AUAUGAAUGCAAUUCAGCGCCUUUAGGUUUAUCGGGAUAUACAUGGAUGAAGUCGACAGAGCCGGGUCAUCAGGUGACGAGCAUUGGGAGUGGAGUGUCCGGACGGUGCAAAUGUUCAACCGCUCAGAACUGCUUCGAUAGGAGCAAACACUGCAACUGCGACAGUGAGACCAUCGGCUGGAAACACGACGACGGCCUCUUCACUGACCCCAAAGACGUCGGAAUCACGAGAAUGUUCUUUUUGAAGACAAAGUCUCACUUCAAAGAGUCGGAGGCACACCUCAUCUUAGGGAACGUCAGUUGCAUUAACUCGAACACUCGAGAAUAUGAGAUUACAUUUCAGACUAAAGAAUCCUAUUUGGAAGUGUCGGGCUGGGAAGGCGGCGAUAUGGCCGUCAGUUUUCGUACGACUGCCUCCAAGGCUGUCAUCUUCUAUCAGUCACCUCUCCAUUCACAACACGGAUACUUCAAAGCAAUCCUUUCAGAUGAAUAUGAAAUCACUUUUGAAUUUCUAGUCAAUAAUAAUCCGCGAACUGUUAAAUUAAUAUCCAGUAGACGUCUCAACACAGGGGACUGGCAGCAGAUUUGGGUCGAUAGCGACUCCCAUCAUAUGAGGUUCACUGUUAACCUAAAUUCAGAACUUUUUGAUCUCGAAGACGACGACGAGUUUAAUGCCUUUGAGGGCCCCCUCUAUGUCGGAGGAGCGCCCAAACACCUGCUCAUGAAUUCUGAAGUCCGCACCGGUUUUAUUGGUUGUCUUCGGGGUCUGGUUCUCAACAAUAAAGUCGUUAAUUUAAACAAACAUUUGCACCGAAAGGCCACUCAUAUAGAGAAGGGUUGUCAACCAUUCUGCAAACCGGACACUUGUAGGAACGGUGGCACUUGUGUCGAGUUGUGGGGGUCUUUUGAAUGCAAAUGCGCUAAUCCUAUCGCACAGUCCGGACGCAACUGUGAGAUCGACAUCAACGCCAACAGUAUGACAUUCAUAACUCCGAGUUCUUAUUAUCAGAAGUUGGCUGAAGGCAAAGAAGUGAAUCCUAUUCUCGAGAAAGAUAUUAUCAUAAGUUUUAGGACUCAUAUGACAAAUGCACUGAUAUUUUACGCCAACGAUUACAACAACAACUUCGUUCAGUUGCACAUUGAAAACGGAACUCAUGUUGUCUUCACUUACAACACAUACGAUCGUGUGGUUCGGGGAGCCGUCAAAGUCGGCGAUAUCCUUACGAGUGGUAAUCCCAUACAAAUCAAAGUGGAUAGAAGUCAAAGGAGUAAAACCAUUCUCACGGCAAAUGAUGCCUCCAUUAUCAUCGAUCACUCCAUCAAAUUCCUUAACAAAUACAGUCAAAAGCCGUGGAAAUCAAGCGAUGAGUUAGAACUGGUCAAACCUGCCCGACCACCAGUUCCUAUUGAGGCUCACAGUCAGCUAUUCUUAGGAGGUGUUGACGAAGUGGGCGCUACGUCCCAAAUACCGGGUAUCGUUGGCUGUCUUCAGGGCUUUGUGAUCGGCGGCAAUCUCUUUGAUCUGUUGACGGUUGCCAAAGAACCCUCAACGGUAGCCAUCGGACAAAUAAGACCCGGUUGUACUAUGCUGUGCGAUCGGAUCCCUUGUUUGAAUGGUGGCGCCUGUACUGAGGACUGGAAGAAUAAUAAAAUUUUCUGCAAUUGUAAUAUGACUUCAUAUGGCGGUGAGACGUGCAAUAAAGAUGUAGGUGCCCGAUUUAAUGGCCAUUCGCUCGUGAGAUACACUUUCCAAUCAAAUGACCACAAUUUAGAUGAAGUCAGUAUUCAUAUGGCAUUUUCAACUGAUAAAAUACCCGAUCCAUUGGGUCGUACAAUGCUUGUGGUCAUCCAUUCUCUGAGUUCCACAUUAAUUCACAUCACUUUAAUGGCCGAUCAGUCGCUUCUGGUCCAAGAGAUUAAUAAUAGUUCUAAGCUGACCGUAAGAGUAAAGUCGGACGAAGAGCUGCCACUGGCGGACGGCAACAGGCAUUGGAUGUUAUAUACUCGCAAAGAGCAAACCGCACAGUUGGUUGUGGACAGUGAGAUAUAUGACAUGACUUUUGAAUCCAAAUUAUUCCAAAACGAAAACCAUAGCGAAGAAAGUCUGGUAUUAGUCGGAGCCACUCAUCCCAAGGAUAGUCGCCUUGAGAACUACACCAAUUUUGUAGGCUGUGUGUCGAAUGUAUUGAUUGAAUUAAAUGACAUGAAGUUAGAGCCGUUGGAGUCAGCGUUUGGAGGCAGAGCUGACUUGUCUUCGGUUAGAGUGGAAGGAGAUAUCAAACAAGGAUUGUGUGCAGAAUUCAAAGAAGAAUUCAAAGUCGUGGCCUCUCCUGUCAUAGAACUCCCAGAAGUGAAUAAUAUUGAAACCGAGAAUGAGUUAUGGCUCUCACCUCCAGAACCCAAAUUGAUUCCCUUUAAGACCAAACCAUUACUAUUGAAAUCAAGCGAACAAAUCAACAAAACUCCCAUUUAUAUCACAUGCAUUGCAUUCCUAUUAUCCGUUUUAUUCGUGGUUUCCAUUUAUAUGUGGAAUUUGCAGAAAAACUAUCAGAUCCGACGAUUUCAUGGCGAAACACCAUUUUUUCAUUCACACUCUAAACGUAAUAACACCUCAAAAAGUAGAGAUAUGAAGUUUCACGUCAUAUCUAACGGUAAUGAUGACAGUGAAGCAGCUGUUAAGCUCUUACAACACCAGGAGAUCGUCACUAAUGGCACCCAUGAAUCACAUCCAUUACAAGAGACAAACUCCCAAGACUUCCAUAAGACAACGCGUAUUAGAUUUCAAGAUGAAACCAAUGAGUCGUUAAUCAAUGACAAUGACAUCAAGAAUAACAAAGAAUCUAAUCAUACGUCGACCACAAGAGUCAGAUUUGCUGAUUCGACAUAAAAGUGUUUGAAUCUCAAGCUAUAUAUGAUUUAAUUCUUUGUGAAACUGUUGUAAUUAAUCGCACGAAUAGUAUUGGGACGACAAACGACUAAUUCUUUAGAUGAUAUGAAAAUGGCAAC